UACAUAUGGCUGUGUUUGCACUUGAUUGUUUAUAAAAGAAUAUUUAUUCGAAAUACUUUAUUUUAUGUCCACACACAGUAUUAUUGAAUAAUAGAUUUCUUUUAAGCUAUCACGAAGCACGUGAAAACUUAUUUCUAAAGUGAUAUUCGUGUGACCAGUCUGAAAUCAUCUGAAAUGAGUAGAAGAAGAGGAUCCCGUAACAAUCGCAACAUGAGAGAGAGUAGCGAAGAUAUGUUUUUAUCCCAAGACUAUCCUGGUCCAAGCAGCCAAGCCACUCAGGCUAGCCAGGCCAGUGUAUCAUUACGACGUACUAGAAGUUCGUCCAUCAUGGAUUCACAAACCAUGAGUUCACAAGAUAUGGAAACACAAAAAGAAACGCAACUAAUCAGUGCUAUAAUAAGAUACCUUCUUACAGCAGAUCGUAACAAGUUACCUAUACAGAAAUCGCACAUUAUAAAAAAUGUAUUAGGUGGAAAUACCAAAGUGUUCCGUUCUCUUAUAGACAGAGUAAAUACACAACUGUCCGAGGUAUUUGGAUACAGCUUAAUAGAAGUUGAAGGCAAUAAAUAUAUAUUGGUGAAUGAAAUAGAAAAUGAUCUUCCGCAUCUCACUUUCAAUGAUAAUCACAAACAGGUGCUGUUGUAUCUUGUACUUGUUCAUAUUUUUAUGUAUGGUGAAUCAUGCAAAGAAGAAAUACUGUGGGACUUCCUUCAAAAUCUGGGUAUUAUAACUGAUAAUAAUUUUCCACAUGACUACUUUGGCGAUGUUAAACAAUUGGUGACAGUGGAGUUUAUAAAUCAGAGAUAUCUUGAGAAAACAAUGAUAAAUAAGAAUGAUCCAACAGAUUUUGAAUUGACAUGGGGCUCUCGUGCGAAAAGUGAGUUCACUUAUCGUUCUGCUUUGCAAUUUGUGGCAGAUAUAUAUGGUUGUUCUAUAAAGAAAUGGAAAUUGCAAUACAAAAUUGUAGUUGAGGACGAACAGUGAGAAGAAAAACAAG